GUGGGUGGAGACAUUUGUUUACAUCAUAAACAUGAAAUAUUAAAAAGAUACGUCAUAAAGGAAACGUGGUGUUGCGAUCCUUUCCAUGCCCACACAAAGAAAAUUAAAGGUAUGUAUGUUAGCAAGCAAUCGUAUAUAUCUAUUUUCAACCAAAAUUGAACAUCGAGCAGCGAUUGUGAGCCUUACCAUUAAGAAUCUUCUAAAAUCUAAAAAGGAUACGCUGAAGUUCUGCAUUUUUACAAGAAACAUUGAUUUUAACGAAAACAAACUGUCAUUCAUGAUAUAACCGACCAUUUCAAUAAAACAGUAACGUAGGAACGUGAGGGGCAGGUGUCCCUACUUUUCAGAGGAUACAAGUUUUGUGCCCCUUUUUGUACGCAAAAUUGUCCCUUUUCUCAGAAAAGUGCACUUUUUGUCAAAAAACUUCUGCCGUGCUCCCUUCUUUUGCACACGUUCUACGCCCCUUUUAGGUUACUUCGAAAUCGUGAACACACUUGAUAAAGCAUUUUGACUAACAAAACUAUUUUUGCAGGUGGCCUUGCUGAAAUAAAGCUGGAGCUUGCGGAGCACAUGAUCCAGUAUGGGUUGCACGCUCUUCCAGGAUAUAAGCUAUGCCCUUCAUGCCAAAAGAAAGUCCGUGCAUUGACGCAAGGUGAUCCCCAUGAAAGUAUUUUACCCCAGGAUGACCAAUUCACGCAAGAACUAGAUGAUGAGUUAGCCAUUGCAGAAAGUAAAGAGGUAUUAAGUAGCACAUUCAUUGAGCUUGAUUUGUCACCAAUAAAACUGCAUUCAAUACCUCAAAACACAAUGGUUAUGCACGAAAACGAAAAAUCAGAGAAGCAAGCAAUGAACUGUCCAAACGAGUUGCCACUGUUUUAAAUGUUGAUAAAAGUGUGAUUAGUUUCGAAUCAGAAGAAAAUAAGUCGGCAAAGGAAACAGAGCAAAAAUCAAGGGACCUGGAUUACCUGGUUUCUCUCAUGAAAGAAAAGCUGAAUGUGUCAACUAGAAGACAAAAGAUUCAAAUUUUGACACUGACUCCAAAGUCUUGGGGACUCGGAAAAGCAGCAACACAAUUCAAAGUUUCCAAAAGUACUAUCCAAAAAGCUAUCCGCCUCAGAGAUGAAAAGGGAAUUAUAGAACUUCCUUCAGCCUGUAAAGCAAAGAAGUUGAACGACGACAUCGUUACGGCAGUUAAAGAAUUUUAUUGCAAUGAUGAUUAUACUCGUCAGCUACCUGGCAAGAAAGAUUGCUUAAGCAUCGGAAAGAAGCAAUAUGUGGCAAAGCGUUUGAUAUUGUGCAGUUUGAAAGAACUAUAUGAAUUAUUUAAAACUAAAAAUCCUAACUUAAAGAUCGGGUUUUCAAAGUUUGCCAGCCUACGUCCCAAAUGGUGCAUUUCAGUUGGCCCCAAAGGUACUCAUUCAGUGUGUGUCUGCACAAUCCAUCAAAAUUUAAAACUGAUGUUAGAUGCUAUCAGUAUAGACAAAAGUUAUCAUGAACUUACAGACAUGAUUGUUUGUAACCGAGAAUCAAAGGUAUGCAUGAUUCAUAGGUGUGCCUCCUGUCCAGGCAUAGAAUCAGUUGAAGCAUAUCUAAAAAGGGAACUCCAAAGAUUUGACCCAGGAAAGAUGCCGUUGUCAGAUGAAAUUGGCGCAGUUAACUACUGUGAUGAAUCUGAAACGUCUACAGAUGAUGAAGACAAUGACUUGGAUGAAAUAAGUCUUGAAUUCAAUCAAUGGACAACAACAGAUCGCUCUAUGCUGACUUCCCAAACUGUUUCUGCAAGUGAAUUUAUUUCAAUUCUGUGUGAAAAGUUGGAUAAAGUAACAGCUCACUCAUAUAUAGCACGUUCACAAGCAGCAUAUUUAAAUGCCAAAAAAGAGUCGUUGUGUGCUGAAGAAGUGAUUGUUUUGGGGGAUUUUUCAGAGAAUUACAAGUUUGUAAUACAGGAUGAGGUUCAAGGGUACCAUUGGAAUCAACAGCAAUGUACUCUACAUCCAAUAGUUCUUUACCACAAAUUUGAAGAUGCUGCUCAAUUUUCUGUCCAAUCCCUCUGUUUCAUAUCAAACGAUUUGUACCAUGAUGUAAAUUUUGUGUACAAAGUUAUUUUUGAAACUGUUGCUCAUAUAAAGCAGCUCUCAAGCCAGGUAAAGAAGAUCAGCUAUUUUUCAGACGGUUGCGCAGGCCAGUACAAGAACUGCAAGAACUUCAUUAACCUGUGCCACCAUCAAGAAGACUUUUCCAUUGAAUGUGAGUGGAAUUUCUUUGCCACCAGCCAUGGUAAGUCACCAUGUGACGGAAUCGGUGGCACAGUGAAGAAGCUUGUUGCCAUGGCAAGCUUGCAAAGGCCUUCAAAUGACCAAAUUUUAUCAGCAGAGGCAAUGUUCCUCUAUUGCCAAGAAAAAAUAAGUGGAAUUGAAUUUAAAUAUAUUCCAAUAGAGGAAAUUCAAUCCACACGAGAGAAUAUAAGAGAGCGUCUCAGUCAAGCAAAGACAGUUCCUGGCACAAGAAGCUUCCACCAAUUUAUACCAAUAAGCUCAUCUAUUAUUGGCGCCAAAAGAGUUUCUGAGGAAGUGGAUUUUGCUCUUCGAUUCAGUUUUGGAGAGGAGCAACUGGAAGGUGUCGAGGCUAGAGUUGGCCAGUUUGUGGUUUGCAAUUACGACGAACUCUACUGGGCAGGAAUGUUGAUAGAGGUAGACAAUGAUAUGCAUGAUGUCAAUGUUAAAUUCAUGCAUCCCAGCCUCCCAUCCACUUCUUUGAAGUGGCCAAAAAGAGAUGAUACAUGCUGGGUACCGAAAACAAAGAUAUUGUUCAAAAUCGAGCCACCAACACUUUCAACUCAUACCGGUAGGCAGUAUAUUCUUGAUGGCAAAGAUAGAGAUAGGAUUGACAGAUGUCUUCAAAGGAUGUAGAACUGCUUGUGAGUAUAUAGCUACAUACAUAAACAAUUUUAUAACUAAAUAACGAGAAAUGACAAUUUGCUUGAAUAUCAAUUUAUCUAACCUUUAGUAGCAUAAAGUACUGCGGAAAAAAUGUUUUGAAUAUACAGUUUCAAAAUUUCAGUGGACUCUUUGCCUAAAAACAUCCCU